GGCGCCUUCUGAGGGUCCGCCCUGCGCGCACCUCCCUGGCAGCUCCGCCGCGGCCCUCCCCGCGCUGAGCAUCGGGUCCUGGGGGUGCUGCUGGCUACAGUUUAAGGAGAUUAGAGUCGCGCGGGAGGAGGAGCGGGGCGGCUUGGUGGGGGCCAGGCUAGGCCGAGCAGAUGCCGGGCUGGGGCUGCCUGGGACCUGGGAGAGAGGUCGGGGCUGAGCCGCUGCGCGGUGGGCUUGGGGCCAGGGCCAGAUGCUCAGGCCCGGAAUGGGUUGCUGACCACUAGGGAAUCUGCCCUGAGAAGGAGAUGGUGGGCAGCAUUAGAAAGCAAGGGGCUUCGAGCCGGGGCGGGGGGUCGGCCUGAACCGAGCAGGCCCUCUCCCUGCAGGCCCGCUGCGAUGGCGGAGAAGGCGCUGGAAGCCGUGGGGUGUGCACUAGGGUCAGGGGCUGUGACCAUGGCCGUGGCGCUGGAGGACGGGGCGGAGCCCCCUGUGCUGACCACGCACCUGAAGAAGGUGGAGAACCAUAUCACAGAGGCCCAGCGCUUCUCCCAUCUACCCAAGCGUUCCGCCGUGGACAUCGAGUUCGUGGAGCUGUCCUACUCCGUGCGGGAGGGGCCCUGCUGGCGCAAACGCGGUUAUAAGACCCUCCUCAAGUGCCUAUCGGGUAAAUUCUGCCGCCGGGAGCUGAUUGGCAUCAUGGGCCCCUCAGGAGCUGGCAAGUCCACCUUCAUGAACAUCUUGGCAGGAUACAGGGAGUCUGGAAUGAAGGGGCAGAUUCUGGUCAACGGGAGGCCGAGGGAGCUGAGGACCUUCCGCAAGAUGUCCUGCUAUAUCAUGCAGGAUGACAUGUUACUGCCGCACCUCACAGUGCUAGAAGCCAUGAUGGUCUCUGCCAAUCUGAAGCUGAGUGAGAAGCAGGAGGUGAAGAAAGAACUGGUGACAGAGAUCCUGACAGCACUGGGCCUGAUGUCCUGCUCCCACACGAGGACAGCCCUGCUCUCUGGCGGGCAGAGGAAGCGCCUGGCCAUCGCCCUGGAGCUGGUCAACAACCCACCUGUCAUGUUCUUUGAUGAGCCCACCAGUGGUCUGGACAGCGCUUCCUGUUUCCAAGUGGUUUCCCUCAUGAAGUCCUUGGCCCACGGGGGCCGCACUGUCAUCUGCACCAUCCACCAGCCCAGUGCCAAGCUCUUUGAGAUGUUUGACAAGCUCUACAUCCUGAGCCAGGGUCAGUGCAUCUUCAAGGGUGUGGUCACCAACCUGAUCCCCUACCUUAAGGGGCUGGGAUUACACUGCCCCACCUAUCACAACCCAGCCGACUUCAUCAUUGAGGUGGCCUCUGGGGAGUAUGGAGACCUGAACCCCAUGCUGUUCAGAGCUGUGCAGAAUGGGCUUUGUGCCAUGGCUGAGAAGAAGAGCAGCCCUGAGAAGAACGAGGUCCCUGCCCCCUGCCUCACUUGCCCUCAGGAAGUGGAUCCCAUUGAAAGUCACACCUUUGCCACCAGCACCCUCACCCAGUUCUGCAUCCUCUUCAGGAGGACCUUCUUGUCCAUCCUCAGGGACACGGUCCUGACCCACUUGCGGUUUGUGUCCCACGUGCUGAUCGGCGUGCUUAUUGGUCUCCUGUACCUGCACAUUGGCGACGAUGCCAGCAAAGUCUUCAACAACACCGGCUGCCUCUUCUUCUCCAUGCUGUUCCUCAUGUUUGCUGCCCUCAUGCCAACCGUGCUCACCUUCCCCUUAGAGAUGGCAGUCUUCAUGCGGGAGCAUCUCAACUACUGGUACAGCCUCAAAGCGUACUACCUGGCCAAGACCAUGGCUGAUGUGCCCUUUCAGGUGGUGUGCCCAGUGGCGUACUGCAGCAUUGUGUACUGGAUGACAGGCCAGCCAGCCGAGACCAGCCGGUUCCUGCUCUUCUCAGCCCUGGCCACUGCCACUGCCUUAGUGGCCCAGUCUUUGGGACUGUUGAUUGGAGCCGCAUCCAACUCCCUACAGGUGGCUACUUUUGUGGGCCCGGUAACUGCCAUCCCUGUCCUUUUGUUCUCUGGAUUCUUUGUCAGCUUCAAGACCAUCCCCACGUACCUGCAGUGGAGCUCUUACCUCUCCUAUGUCAGGUAUGGCUUUGAGGGUGUGAUCCUGACCAUCUACGGCAUGGAGCGCAAGCAGCUGUCAUGCUUAGAGGAAUCCUGCCAGUUCCAGGACCCAAGGAGCAUCCUGCAAGCACUGGAUGUGGAGGAUGCCAAGCUCUACAUGGACUUCCUGGUCUUGGGCAUCUUCUUCCUGGCCCUUCGGCUGCUGGCAUACCUUGUGCUCCGUUACCGGGUCAAGUCUGAGAGAUAGAGCCUUGCCCUGGCCUUGCCCAGUCCCCGCAGCAGAAAACCUUCAGCCUCAGCCCUCUGGGACUGUUUUAACCGUGUAGACUUGGGCAGUGGUGGCUGGUGCAGUGCCCUCCCCUCCCUUUGAAUGCUCCAGACUGGCUGUUGGACUGCUCCACCAGCUGCCAGCUGCCAGCCGCCAGCCGUGGCCAUGGUGUGGGGACUCCAGGACACCCACCAUGCCCAGGAGCCUUCCCAAGUUGAUGCAGUUCGUAGCUUCCUCCCUUCUCUUUUCACCACCUGCAUGCAAAGACCACUGGGAGGCUGCCACCCUCCUUCCUGUCCUUGGCACCCUCCUCUGUUGUCUGCCUGGGAGCCAUAGAAUCUCUGGGCUCCCACUUACAACUGACCAAAGUGGCCCUCUCUGGGGGUCCCCACGACACCAGUGUUUGUAAAGCAGGCUGCUGUAAGGUUGGAGUUCCAGGGCUGGACCCUGGUGGGGUCCCCUGGGAGUGUGAACCUGGAUGUUGUGACGGAGCACAGAGGGGCUCUGGAAGUCUCUUCUUCCUCCUAGCUCUCUCCCACUCCCAGACCCUGGCUGAUGUGGACAAUCUGCUGGGACAGAAGCUGGAUUUUCUGUCUGGGUCACCACUCCCGAUCCUGGAGAUUGGAGAGGCCAUGGGUGUCCUGUUCCCUUUGGUUGGGGGCAGGACUGGAGGCAUUCUGCAAUACUGUAAUUCUCUCCCAUUGGCCACUGCAUCUGGAGAACGCACUUUAUUUUGGAGAGGGGUAUUCCUCCCU